AUGAGCAAAAAGUUCAAAUCGCAAGCUUCGAGCAGUCGUGCUGCGGCCAGCACUUUUGGAUCCUUUGGUGGAUUCUCCUCUACGUUUUCCGGUGCAGGAAGGGAGCCUUCUUCCUUAACAUAUGUGGCCGAACCGCCGGAUCUUUCGCGGAUAUCAGAGCCGCAACUGGCGAUUGCAUUCAAGAACUUUCUGAAGAAGGAUGAAGUCACAAGAACAAAGUCAUUAGAUGAUUUGAACGAUUACAUUUCCUCUGUGGAGGCGCGUAGUGGGACACUGGAUGAUGGUUUCUUAGAGGCAUGGAUUAAAAUCUACCCGCGGGCAUCGAUUGACCUUGCUCGUAGGGCAAGACAACUGGCCCAUACCAUUCAGGGCACCGUAGCCUCUCUUGUGGGGAAGCGAAUUGCUCGCUUUUUACCCAAGGUAAUUGGGGCAUGGAUUGCAGGACUCUAUGACAAUGAUAGACCAGUUCAGCGAUCUGCUGUAGAGUCAUUCACGCGAGUGUUUACAACGGACGAGAAGAGACUUGGUGUAUGGAAGAUCUAUCAAAGCUCGAUUCUUGAGUUUGUAGACGACGUCAUUCUCCAACAAACUCCCCAGACGUUGAGCGAUGAGCGGACCGUGAAAUCGGAUGAUUCCCAAGCAAAAUAUGGUCGCGUGGCAGCAACAGCAAUCUUGUUGUUAAACCGUAUCAUAGGGAACACACCGCGUGAAGAACUUGAAAAAGAUAUUCCUGCAAUUGAAGUUCUACUCAGUAGCAAGUCAUUGUGGUCCCUGUGUUCCAACGAAGAUCCAUUUGUCCGCCGCUCUCUUUAUGCUCUUCUUCGGUCAGCUGUUGCGAAAAUCCCUGAAGAACUUGACUGGAAAAUCAUAAGUGCAGCCGUGAUAGGGAAAUCCUUGUCUAUGGCACAAAUUGGAGCUUCGACAGAGUUGGCUGAAUCGUUGUUACAAACAACAUCCGCGAGGCCUCAGUUAUGGACAGAAGAUUACGCCGGGAAGACUUCACCCACAAAAAGAUUACUCCAGUAUAUCCAAAAGGGGUCUCAGGGUGGACAAAGCUCUUUUUGGCCGAACACUUAUCAGUUAUUGCAAGCCGUCCCGUUAAAGACACUCGCAGACAUCCGCCCAGAGACUACUACUGAGAACGGUAUUGGGUUAUCAAGCGCCAUUGCCUUAAUGGAAGCAUUCAAGGAGGGGCUGAGUUCCAGGGAAGAGCCUCGAGUGAACCAAACAUCAGGGUGGAAAUCGUACAUCGACACUGGGAUAUGGCUGGCAAAGAUCAUCCCAGAAGCCGAAAGAACAAAACUCGUUCAAGAAAGGUUGUCUCCAAUUCUGGUGCAACAUGUGAAAGCCGAUCCGGCUCAAUCUCAAUGGUCACUACCUCCUCAAUUGGCCCAAUCUGUUUGUGCCGAUUACAUCGUUACAUUGGCCAAGGACGGUUAUGGAAGUGAAUUGCGCCUUUUGUGGAUGGGAUUGUCAGACAGUCUGCUUGAAUCAGUUAAACUGUCUUCUCCUGAGCAGUCGAAGGAUUUCCAAGCAUCGCAGGAUGCGAUUAGCAGUCAAGCCCAGCGUCUUCAUAGCCUGGAAUCCGCAGUACUCAUGCGGGUAUCCGCGACAGAAUACGAAGCUAGAAUCUCUAAGACUUUUGAAGCCACCGGCCUGUCACUUCUUGACAGUUGCUUGCAGGUCCUACGGACUCGAAAUGGCAAGCCGUAUGGAGCCGCUGCGGUUGUUGAAGAAUCAGUCCGACAUAUCCCCCAGAUUGCUCGGCACUCAAAGGAACUCUUGAAAUUCGUUCAAGAAGAUGCACCAGAGUUGUUGUUCUCGCCCUCUGCAGAUCGCAUAAUCACAAUCAUCUUGUCCUGUCGCUCUUGGCAUGGAUAUGGUUCUAGUUUCGAGAAGAUUAUCGAACAAGUGAUUCAGCUCGAGCCCGAGCAGUCGAACCCACUUGUUCUCCAGAGGCUCUUGGCCACACUUGACUUCAAGGAGAUUGGUGACAAGUCUGGAUUGAAUUUGUUGAUCAUGCGGGCGCUAGAUAGAGCUUGCAAGGGCAGCCGUUUUCACUGGCCAAUUAUUAUCGCAGUUCUCCAGAAUCCCACUUCGCAUGGCGAAUUGACAGAUUCUAUUUUCUUGUCCAUCAUCGAUUCAUUGUCCACUGAGGACAAGGUGAUUGAUACCUUGAACGGGCUUUCUCAGAUCGCAACAUCCAUUCCAGCUGCCAUAAUGAAAUUCCAGAGCGGAGCUAAUGGCUCCAAAUUGGCUGGCAAGCUUCUCUUCCUUUCGGAAUCCGGUGACGAAGAGGUGGGAGAUCUUGCUGAGUCUUUGACCAGUACAUUGAAACAGACUGUGGUGGACGAGACAAGUAACAAAUCGAAUGUCGAAAUCCUCCAACACAAUUUUGAUCAUGUUAACGAAGAAUCACUUUCAAUCGAGUCCUUGCUAAGCAUCGCGGAGGAGUUGCUGCAAAACCUUACCCCCGAGGAGGCAAGCCAGACGACGAAGAGCGUAUUUCCUUCAGCCCAGUCCUGGGAGAAGGCUUUGGGCCCAUUUCUUCAGCUACCACCUCGGUCCUCGACUGCUAUAACAAAUCCCAUCGGGGGUACAGUGCAUCUAAUCGACAGUGAAUUGCCCGAGACCUUUUGGGAACAGUAUAAUAGCAUCUCGCGUGAUGCCAGUCAUUGCUCUGCUGCAUUUCGUCUAUCCUACUUUGCGACCAAGAUUUUGUCUUCGUUUGCAGUCACGGAACAUCUCGGCGCGGAAGAGCUUGAGGCGUUGUUCUACAAUUUACCCUUGGCUAUACAGUUGAUUGAGGACGACUUGAGUAUUGAGAAAUGCAACGGAAUAACCGGAAUUCAACUGGUAGAGCAGCGGGAAGAGUAUCUGGAGAUUGUUAAGGAGGGCAGAAAAGUGAUCUACGAGUGGAUACAGUCCAAUACUGAGAUCGGUGGCGAUCCACUUUCAUCCAGAUUAAUCGCAUUCUGGAUAAGUAAAUUGGACAAGCUCGACGAUAACUCACCGGUGAGCUACCGGAUUGGGGAGGCAUUUGUAAAGGUCAUGGCUGGCGCGGAAUCGUCGAAGACAAGCAAAUCACCGGAAGACGUCACUCAACUAUGCAGGAACACGCGGACUGCGAAUGCCAUUUAUUCUGCCGCCUGGAUGAGCGUCCUACGGCAAGCUGUGAUUUCCAACCCUGCUGGAACACGAUUGUGCAAUGAACUUGUUGCCGACUCGACGGGACUCAAGGUUGAAGACGAACAGAAGGAUGGUCUUCAAAAACUAGCACUGCUUAACCUUCUCUUUGCGGAAGGCCAGGGCGUGGCUUCAUCCAUUCCAACACAGCGAUUGGUCUUCCUAGUCAAGCAUCUUAUCUCUUGCCUCCAAUCCGAAAUCAAGUCGCACGGUCUCAGAGCAGAGAUUAUGCGGACUCUGACCUUUGUGCUUCCUUGUCUCAAUGAGAUCUAUGGUUCGCAUUGGGAAGACAGCAUGGAGAUUUUGAGCUCGACCUGGCGAGAGACAGGUGGUGGCGAUGAGGGUCUGCCGGUGCUGGAGACCUCGUUCAGACUUUUUGCAUGCUUGAAGUUGAUAGUGGAUGAUGAGGAGAGCAAUGACGAUGUGAAGGAUGCAUGGUCGGAUCGCAGGACUUCUCUGUUUAAUGAUUUGACAUCGACGCUCAAGAAAUUUGACUCCUCGACCACGUUCCACAAGCCUCGUGAUAUCACCGUCGAGCUUCUCUGCAGUUUGCUCAACACCAUACCAAUCAAGAGCCUGGAAGAUGUUAACAAGAUAUUCCCUCUUCUGACUGCCAAAAGCCGCGCCGUCCAGCGUGCUGCCUACAUUGUGCUUCAUCGGUACAUUCCAGAGGUUCAAGAGCAGGUAUCGUUUGAUGUCGCAUUAUCUAAAUCCACUGCCAGACUUCCUCUUGAGCUACUGUCUUUGCUUCUGGAAGCCCCGACAAUGGAAUCGAUUAAUACUUCUGACGGAGAGGAUAAGAUGUGGACCGGCAUUCGGUCGUAUUUGCUUAGCUGGAAGGUGGUGUUUGACCACUUUACCAACGCGUCUUUUGCCCUGCAAGAAAACUACGUCGCAAGCAUCAAGGAGAACGACAGUUUGAUCCCGUUGCUGGAAUUCAUUUUCGAUUUCCUUCAGCAAUCACAUGGAAAGAUUGUCGAUGCUACCAAAUUCAACAUUCGCACUUUUGAGCCUGAUCAGGCCGAGACUGCAGAGAAAGAAACACAGUGGCUUCUAAUCCACCUGUACUUCUUAUGCUUGAGGCACUUAGCCAACAUGACCAAGAACUGGUGGAUUGAUGCGAAGAAGCGCAUCAAGGGGCCAGUGGAAGUCUGGACAGAGAAGUACAUUUCCCCCUUGAUCAUUGAGGACUCUCUCCGAGGCGUCUCGGACUGGGUCUCGACACAGGAUCCCAACGAAGAGCGAGCAUUAGCCGUCAAGAUCUCCCCCAAAACAGCGGAGAUCAUCGCCAGCAUUGAAGUCGACGAAGAGUCACCACCAGUCGCAAUCUCCCUCUCUCUACCCCCUGCCUAUCCCCUCCAGCCCGCACUAGUCGUGAGCCGGAGUCGCGUCUUGGUCGACGAAAGGAAAUGGAAGAGCUGGCUGCUCACAAUCCAAGGAGUCAUCAUGUUUGCCAAUGGCAACCUGGAGGACGGAUUGAUGGCGUUCCGACGAAACGUGCAGGGAGCGCUGAAGGGGCAGAGCGAGUGUGCUAUCUGUUACUCGGUCAUUUCGACGGACAUGCAGACGCCGAACAAGCGGUGCGCUACUUGCAAGAACACCUUCCACUCUGUUUGUCUGUUCCGGUGGUUCAAGAGCAGCAACCAGAGUACUUGCCCGCUGUGCCGGAACAACUUUGUUUAUGUAUAA